AGCGUGCGGUCUCCCCCAAUGUUUGUAAAUUGUAGUCUGGAAACGCCGCUGUAUAGAUCUCACCGCGCAAAUGUAUUUUCUAAUGUUGAUAAACUUUCCUUGUUUGGAUUCGAUUUGAAAAUUACCGGUCUCCUCAGAAAGCGGGAUACGAGUCUCGGCGAACGUUGUGGAUCGUGACGAACCGAACAAGGCAGGGAGAGACGGUACCAUGGUGCUCAGUCAGAUGGAUGCGGGCAAAGCUCUGACGGCGGCGGCGGCCAAGGGGAAGACGAGCGAGGUGCAGAGGAUCCUGGAGGAGAACCGAGUGCAUCCGGACACCGUCAAUGAGUUUGGCAGGACCGCGCUGCAGGUGAUGAUGAUGGGGAACUCCAAGAUUGCCAGUUUGCUGCUGGAAAAAGGAGCAGAGCCCAACAUCCAGGACAAACACGGGAUAGCGCCUGUCCACGACGCAGCCCGCACAGGGUUCCUGGACACUCUGCAGGUCCUGGUGGAGUACGGUGCCUCGGUAAACGUCCCGGACCAGAGCGGGGCCUUACCCAUCCACAUCGCCGUCCGGGAAGGCCACCGGGAUGUCGUGGAGUUCUUGGCGCCACGGUCCGACCUGAAGCACGCCAACAUCAGCGGGCAGACGGCGAUAGACUUGGCCCGAGCGUCCUGCGCACCCGACAUGAUUGACUUGCUCUUCGCUCACAUUCAUAGUUAGUCAAAUGUCUGGGUGCUCGGUGCCUCCUGGGUAACCAUAACCUCACAUUUUGUUUUGCUUCAAACCUGGUGACUUGAAUUCAUUGCUGUGUAAAGGAUUUAUUUUUCGUUAAUAGUUGGCUCAGCAUUAAUAUGUGACACAGGACAUAUUGUCUUGGCAGCUUAUUUUCAGUGGAUGGGUGGCUACAUACAGUAGGCACCUCUUUUGCACAGUGCAAUUUAGGCACCUUAUAUAUCUGUUUUCCCUAUGAAUUGGGAGUGCACAUCUGUAGAUAGUUUUCCCUCAGUGUUUUCUAAUUAUUACAUUAUUUCCAUUGUGUAAGAAUUGUAACAGUUGAUACAAUGUAUGUGUUGUUGUUGUUUUUUAAAUCUUACAAACUUGACAUGGUGCACCCUGAUUGCUUUGCAUAGUUGUUUCUCUUAACUAGAUGAACUUAGACUUUGAAUUUACUUUUAUUUAUUGUUGGAAUAGGACAGAAUGUUCCUGUGACUUUGUAAAUAGUGACAUUUAUUGUGAUUUGUUGAAAUGUUAUUUAUAUAAAUACUUUUAAAACAAAAGUGAGAUUUUUCACUUUACUAUUUGAAGAUGAAAGCACAAAAUAAAGUCUUGAACUUGAA